UGGGUGUGUAUGAGGAUGUGUGUGUGUGGGUGUGUGUGAGGAUGUGUGUGGGGGAAACGUGACGAAAACAUAAAUUCAGAGAAUCGGUCGCGUCCAUCGACAAUAUAGGCUUUAAAUAAGCAUGAAAUUAUGGUAAUAAGUGCGAAUGUUUCAGGAGAGAGAGAGAGAGAGAGAGAGAGGGGAUCACUGGGUGCACGCGCGCUUUCUGGAGGGCGCGCGACUGCUGUGGCCGUGUACGUGUGCAGAGGAAGUGAAGCGUAACGGUACCUGUUACCUGCUAUUUCCUGAGCUGCACGCGCUUUCAGGGAGACCCAUGUAUUCCUAGGCUGUAGCCAGCAGCACGCUCAGCUUCGGCCUGGUGAUGUAGGUGCGCGGCGUGAAGGGGAGAGCAAGGACACGAUCAUUUGUGCUGAAGAGAGUCGCAUUUUAUCCACCGCGCGGAUGGCAGAUGAUUUUCGGAGAAACGUCGCCUGCUUUCUUUCAGAUGGGGUGAGACGCAUCCCAGCAGGAAGGUCCCGAGGCUGGACCAGAGGACAGUCUGGACCCAGGGCAUGGCAGCAAUAACAACAACAACAACAACAACAACAAUAACAACAAUAAUAAUAUAUGCAAGUCAAAAAGAGAGCCAGGACUGAGGAUGCAGGGGGUGACGGUGACCGGAGAGGCGCCCACACUGAACGGCGGUGGACGGGAAGAGCAACGUCCUCUCAAGCAGUCCCUAAGUGGCUCCCUGUGCCGGGAGUCUCAUUGGAAGUGCCUGCUACUGACCCUGCUCAUGUACGGCUGCUUUGGCACACUAGGCUGGUGCUCCCUCUACCGCAUCACAGUCAUGGCUUCUGAUGACCAAGGUCCUGCCUACUACUAUGGCGACCGAGCCCGGCUCUACCACGAUAGUCCCUGCUCCAACGGAUAUGUCUACAUCCCUGUGGCUUUCCUGGCCAUGCUUUAUGUCGUCUACCUGGUGGAGUGCUGGCAUUGCUACUCCAAAACAGCCAAUCUGGCUAAAGUGGAGAUCAGUCAGGUGUAUGACAGGAUCCAGCGUCUGCAGCAGGCCACACCAUGUAUAUGGUGGAAGGCCAUCAGUUAUCAUUAUGUACGGAGGACCAGGCAAGUGACGCGCUACCGCAAUGGAGAUGCCUACACCACCACCCAGGUAUACCACGAACGGGUCAACACACACACUGCCGGUUCUGAGUUUGACUACUCGAGGCAUGGUGUCAAGGAUGUGUCCAAAGAGCUGCAAGGCUUACUCGACCACCCUGUAACCCGGCUGCGCUUCACUAAGUGCUUCAGUUUCGCCAGUGCUCGUGCAGAGACCGCCUACCUCACACAGCGAGCACGCUUCUUCGGCGAUAAUGAAGGUCUGGAUGACUACAUGGAAGCACGCGAGGGUAUGCACCUGAAGAAUGUAGACUUUAGGGAGCACAUGCUGGCAUUCCCAGAUCCUGCUCGGCCACCUUGGUACACACGCCGCUGCGUCUACUGGCUGGCAUCUGCUCUGCUGCUCUCCUGGCCGCUCCGUGUAGUGGUUGAGUACCGCACAGCAUAUGUCCACUAUCAUGUUGAGAAGCUGUUUGGUGAGAAUGAGGAUGCCAAUGAAAAUGAAAAUAGAGACAACUACCAGACAGGCUUCGAGCAUGGCUCUGGAGGACCCACUUUGCAUGUCAUAUCACGGGUAAACACGGUGGACAUCACUGAACUGGAGUGGCACAUUCGCUGCAACCAGCAAAUAGUGCCCAGCUACUCCGAGGCCUUGCUAAUGGACCUGGACAUCAACCCGAACACACCGUUGUCUGUCGCAAUGGCGGCCCAAAUGAGACGCAACUCCAGCUACUUCCUCCAGAGCUGCCCUCGCUGCCGGAGGACGACAAGCAGCUCAUCUCUGCCUUCCUGGGUCAGAGGGAACAUGGUUGUAGGGGCAAGCUCGUUUCCCAUCAGAGCAGGAGGAAGGUUGACGCUGAGUCGCAGUGGCUUCUCCCUGGGACGCUUGCACACCACCCGAAACCGUCAUACCUGCCUGUUUCACUCAAGGAGUCUCGGAGGAGGAUUGGCAGGACGAGGGGAAGAGGGAGGUGGCUUUCUGGGCCUGGGGUUCCGUGGGUCAGAUGAGGAGAGAAGGGGCGUUCUAGAGGGGGAGGAUGAGGAGAACAGUGAGGUCGAAGAACGACGGCAGAGGCAGGGAGAUGACAUAGAAAAUGGCGAGGCCAGAGGAGAGGAGAGAGACAGGCCACCAGCCUAUCAAGAUGCUCUGUACUUUCCUGUGUUGAUCAUUCACGGAGAAGAGAGCUGUCAUGGCGGGCGGGAUAUUGAUACAGGAUAAUGGCUGGGAUUAUUUGGGAAUGUAGAUUAGUUUGCACUGGUGUGUAUAGACUGCAUGUAGAAGGACCUCAGGUAAGUGAAUCAAAGAGAUGAAAAAGGGUCAGAGUUGGGGGAUCAUGGAAGAAAACAGAGCUCAUACCUAGAGAAAAGACAGUAUAUAGGCUAAAUGUAAGGUGAAACCUGACUGGAGAAAAUGUGUUCUGUCAGCUUUAAAAAUGAGAGUAGCAAUGAAUAAUGACUCAGAUGUCAGUGAAUGUACGUAGGGUUUAAAUAAAAAUGAGAUAUAUGUAGGUCGAUCUGUGUCAUGUCAAGUUGACAUGGACUGACCCUUUAGGGAAAAAAACAUUCUAAUAAGCAUGAAUAAUUACAUAUCAGUAUCCUGUUAUUUUAUACCUUGCAACAGCAUCAUGAAAACUGAAAAAAGCUCAAUUUGUCCAUGUACCCUUUCACUCUAGGAGUAUUGUAGUUUACAUGGAAACUUGGACCACUGUACCUGAUCACUUAGUGAAGACAUUCCACACCUAGCAAGUUAAAAAUUAAUGUAGUUCAUGCAGACAUUUGCAUAAUGCCAUUAUAAUACCAGAAGUGUAACAGUAGGCAUACUGUAGAAAACAAGUUUUAGUUCCUUAAAGAAAUCAGAGCAGAUAGAAUCAAAGUCAAAAGAUCUCAGGGGAGAAGAAUACUUUUUUUAAUGGGGAAUGAAAGAGGGAUGGAAAAGAUUUGUUAAGUGAACAUGUCGACUGAUGGUAGUCCUUUGCUGUUUGUAUUUGUGCUCCAACCAACUGUAUUGUCUCAUACUUGUUUUAAUCACUUACAUUGCUUUUCAAAAGCUUGGUGCUCAUGACUCCACUGUUGUUGGCCUUAAAGUUGUUUCUAUUUAGCUCCAUGUCUACUGCUAGAAAAAAGUAAAACUGCAUAUAGCUAUGAUACAGCAUUAUUUUUCAACUUGCAUAGUCACAUAUACAUAUAUGAUUUGCAUAGUCUGGACUUGGGAGAAAAUUUGUAAAAUGAUAAUGAUGUUAGAGAGAAGGAGAAGUAUGUAAAAUGUAACACUGGUAUAAAAAAUCUCAUACGUCACUCUUCACAUCACCUGCUCCCUGUACUGCUUGAACAAUGGCAUUUUUUGUCCUUCUUUACAUUUAUAGAAAGCUGUCCUUUAGUAUCUUGAUGAUUCAUUGAAAAAAAUACAGAUUACUUCAAAGUGUAAUGACUGUCACUAGUGAAAAGCACACAAUUGCCUAUAAAACACAAGUCAUGAUCCAGAGCUACACUGUCCAAGAUUAACAUUUCAUCAGAUACAAACCAGCCUGAGUCCAAGUUUACUGACACAGAUCAGCAUCUGCACAUAGCGUAGGCUCACUAGCAAGCACAAGUCAUGUGAUUUACAAACAGCACAGGGAAGGGUGUGAACAAAGACUGACUGUUGAGAAGCUCAUCACAGAGUGGAUGAAUGUACAACAGAGUCCUGCAUAUUUGAGAGGAAUUUAUUCUGCAGCAAAAUCUGGGCUGUCAAAAAGAGCCCUCAAAUGCAUCACUAUUUUGUCAGCAGGAUUGCUAUUACCGUGUUCACACUAGCAAGCAAUAAGUCACUCAUGUCGCUUGUAAUUUGUCUCUUGUGGACAUGUAGCAACUGUACUGUACUGUUGUUGCUUGUGGGCAUGAAAUGUCCAGCUUUUUUUUUUUUUAGUUCUAAUGAGAACGGUAGUCAUUAUGAGUAGCUUCUAAAGCUUACUAGUAAAACACAAAUUAAGUAAUGCACUAAUCAGUAUGAAAAAUUGGUUGUUUGCACCAACAACCAAUUUCCUGCUACUUCCUUCCAAGCAUAAUUCUUCUUCAUAAUGUCUCUAUACACAUUGAUGGGAUAAGAUGAACGUUUGUAUGUAUCAAGCUAUGAUGAAGCUUGUCAAACAUUAAAUGGGAACUAAUUAAAUGUAGGAGCCAAAAUUGUGAGUGGGGAACUGAAGAAAUGUCAGACCAUACGUGCUAUAGGAUUGGGCCAAGGAAUCAUUCAAGCCAAUCAAUUGGAUGUCAUACCUAAUUUGCACAACAUGUAACUGUGAAAAUCUCAGUUCAGAUGUUCACUGGUCAUCGAUUGCUUUGUUGCUUGCUAGUGUGAAUGUAGGAGUAGGCUAGUUAUUACUAAAUCUUUCACUAGCACUGAACUUUAUUUCUGUGAUGUUCAUGAUGUUGAUGGUGAUGUUGAUAGUAAUGGUUAUUCUGGGGGUCAUAUAAAUAAAGUCAAACACUUAGAAAUGUG